AUAUAUAUAUAUAUUAAACAUGCUCUUUUUACAAUUUGUUCAAAAGCAGACUCAUCACUUCUUUCAAAUCUUUGUAAUAAUAAAGCAAGUGUAGCAGCAAAUUAUUUACCUAAAUUAUCCCCAGACAUGAAAACAUACCUUUUCUUCCUUCAUAUUUUUCUGCUAAUAACAACUUCUUUAUUGUCCCCUCCAAAAGCAUCAGCCUCAGCUACAACUGAAGCAACUGCUCUGGUGAAAUGGAAGAACACUCUAUCACCAUCUCCUGUUUUAAACUCAUGGUCACUCAACAACCUCAGAAACCUCUGCCGCUCAUGGACCGGCAUUCAAUGCAACUCCGGCGGCUCCGUUUCUCAAAUCAACCUCCCCAAUUCGAAUCUCACCGGAGCUAUCAGCCACCUCGAUUUCUCCUCGCUCGCAAAUCUCACAACUCUCAAUCUCAAUGGCAAUAGCUUCAACGGGACAAUCCCAACCAGUAUCGGAAAUCUGACGAAGCUUGUUUUUUUCGACCUGAGCGAGAAUUUGUUGGAUGGCUCAAUCCCAUUGGAAAUCGGCAAUCUGAGAGAGAUACAGUACAUUAGUAUUUUCAACAACAGUCUCAACGGAGAAAUCCCUUAUCAAAUAGGCAAUCUCCAAAAGGUGCGGUAUCUGAAUUUGGGUUCUAAUUACUUGGAAACUCCUGAUUGGUCUAGAUUUCCGAAUUUCCCAUUUCUGACACACCUCAUGUUUAAUGACAACAAUAUCACUUUGGAAUUUCCGGAUUUCAUAACCACUUGUCUGAAUCUUACCCUUCUUGAUUUGUCACAAAACAACCUCAUUGGACAAAUUCCCGAGUCUUUGUUUAAUCUGGUGAAACUCAAAUACCUUAACCUCGCUUUUAAUUCGCUGCAAGGGAACUUUUCGACCAACCUCACAAAGCUACCGAAAUUGAAAGAUCUUCGUUUGGAGAGCAACUUAUUCUCCGGCCACAUUCUUGAUUCCAUCACCUUUUUACCGAACCUCGAAAUUCUUCACCUGUUCAACAAUUUGUUUCAGGGAGAAAUUCCGCCGGAAAUAGGUCAACUCAGGCGACUCCAGGAGCUAGAUCUCCAGCAAAACGGCUUCAACUCCACAAUUCCGGCCGAGCUCGGCCUAUGCACUAACCUCACCUUCUUAGCAUUAGCCGUCAAUUCAUUCACCGGACCUUUGCCUUUAUCCUUUUCGAAUUUGACAGAGUUAACCGAUUUGGGAAUCUCCGACAAUAGUCUCUCCGGCGAUAUCUCGCCUUUCAUCAGAAGCUGGACCAAACUAACGUCACUGCAGGUUCAAAGCAAUCAUUUCACUGGAGAAGUCCCGCCGGAGAUAGGCCUACUCACAAAUCUGAAUUAUCUGUAUCUGUACAACAAUUCAUUUUCAGGCCAAAUCCCACCGGAAGUAGGUAACCUGCAACACUUGUUGAAGCUAGACCUUUCGACCAACCAGUUUUCAGGCGAAAUACCUUCAACACUCGGCAACCUCACGAAACUUUUGCUCUUAAACCUUUUCUCAAACAAUCUUACCGGAACUAUUCCAUCUGCGAUUGGAGAUUUGAAUUUAUUAGAGACUCUUGAUCUCAAUACAAACCAAUUGAGAGGUCAGAUACCAGAAUCCUUCUCCAACCUCACUAGCCUAUCGACUUUGUCCGUAUUUAUUAAUAACCUAUCAGGCAUUCUCCCACAGGAUUUUGGGCAAAACAGUCCCCAGUUAGCCAGUGUUAGCUUUUCCAUCAACAACUUCUCUGGUCAGAUUCCUCCUGGAAUAUGCAGUGGCUUUGCUUUCGAUCACUUUACGGUGAACAACAACAGGUUUUCAGGGCUUUUGCCUCAAUGCUUAAAGAACUGCUCGGGCUUAAGAAGGGUACGUCUCGAAAACAACCGAUUUUCGGGAAAUAUUUCGGAUGUGUUUGGAGUUCAUCCACAGCUCGACUUCGUUUCUCUGAGCAGUAAUCAAUUCACCGGCCAACUUGAUGCCGAGUGGGGACAAUGCGAACAGCUCACAAAUAUUCAGAUGGAUAAUAAUAAAAUAUCCGGACCUAUCCCAGUUGAGCUCGGAAAUCUGACACAGCUUGGUGUUCUUGUCUUGGAUUCGAACAAGUUAACGGGCGAAGUUCCUGUCGAAUUUGGAAAGCUAGAGCAACUGUUUAAUCUCAGCCUGAGCAACAAUCAGUUGAGUGGCGAAAUUCCGACAGCUGUAGGCCGACUGACGAAGCUACAGCAUCUUGAUUUGUCGGGGAAUAAAUUCGGAGGAAAUAUUCCGGAAGAACUUGGAAAUUGCGAAGGCUUGCUGAACUUGAAGCUCAGCAAUAACUUAUUGUCAGGGGAGAUCCCUUCUGAACUCGGAGAUUUGACGAGGCUACAAAUCGUGUUGGACCUCAGUAACAAUUCACUUUCGGGGAAUAUUCCGUCAUCAUUCGGAAGUCUGACCACCUUGGAGAUUUUCAAUGUUUCGCACAACAAUCUUUCGGGCAGAAUUCCUACAGCGUUGCUUGGAAUGAUAAGUUUGAGCGACUUCGACUUCUCUUACAAUAAUCUGUCUGGUCCGAUCCCGACUGGCGAUAUAUUCAGAAAAGCACCUGCAAAAGCCUACAUCGAAAACUCCGGUUUAUGUGGAACUGCAGAAGCAUUACCUCCUUGUGAUGUCAUAUCUUUAACUUCAAAGUCAAAUAAUGAUCGGACAAAGAUUCUUGUCGGUGUCAUUGUGCCAGCUGUCAGCCUCGUAAUUUUGGCAACCAUUAUAGUUGGAUGUUGCAUUCUCCGAGGAAAAUCAGAGCAACUCGAUGAAGAAACCAAAAGCAUGACCAAGUUCGAGAAUUCGGAAUCGCUCAUUUGGGAAAGAGAAGGGAAACUCACAUUUGGAGAUAUUGUCCGAGCAACGAAAAAUUUCGACGAGAAAUACUGCAUCGGAAGAGGAGGAUUUGGAAGCGUUUAUCGAGCUGACUUGGCGAGCGGACAGAGUGUAGCGGUGAAAAGGCUCCACGUAUCGGAAUCGAGCGACGUGCCACUGGCGAAUAUUCGUAGUUUCGAGAAUGAAAUCCGGACACUGAAGGAAGUGAGGCACAGGAACAUAAUCAAGCUUUAUGGAUAUUGCUCGAGUAAAGGAUCGAUGUACUUGGUCUACGAGUACGUAGAGAGAGGCAGCUUGAGAUCAGUUCUGUACGACGAAAACGGAGCCCUCCAACUAAACUGGCCCACGAGGGUUAGAAUCGUUCAAGGAGUGGCGCACGCACUAGCUUACCUUCACCAUGAUUGCACACCACCUAUCGUCCACCGUGAUGUUACGAUAAACAACAUUUUACUCGAGUCGGAAUUCGAACCGAGGCUAUCGGAUUUCGGCACGGCGAAAUUGCUGACUUCUGAUUGGUCGAAUUGGACAACAAUGGCAGGCUCGUACGGCUACAUGGCUCCAGAGCUUGCGCUGACUAUGAAGGUGACGGAAAAAUCUGACGUGUACAGCUUUGGAGUUGUGGCCUUGGAAACUAUGAUGGGGAGGCACCCGGGGGAUCUCAUAUCUACACUAUCGGCAAACUCGGCAUUGCAUAGUGAACCGGAUGUGUUUCUGAAGGAUCUGCUCGAUCAACGGCUCUCAUCUCCCGCGGGCAAAACAGCAGAGGAAAUUGUGUAUGUAGUCACCAUGGCGUUAUCGUGCGUACGGACCAUCCCAGAGUUACGGCCUAAUAUGCGUUUCGUUGCACAAGAAUUGUCGGCUCGUGAUCGGCCUUACCUGCUGCAGCCACUGCAGACAGUAAAACUAAACGAAGCAACAAGUUUCUCAAAUUAGGAGGAGUUCGUGAUUUGCCGCGAUAAGUAUACAUAGUCACAUAAUCAAUGCUUGGACUCUGCAUAUACAUAAAUCCAGGGGAAUUAUGUCUUUAUUGGAAACUAAUGUACACAAUAUUUAUCUGUACGGAAACUAAUGUAGAGGAGGAUUUGACAGUAUUUUUUUUUUCUAUUCUAAAAAAAAAUAAUUCUUC